AUGGUGACAGAAACCUCAUGGGAGUGCAGCGAUCUCAGCGACGCUAUUAAUAUUAUUGGAAGGGAGCGACGUCCGGCGCCGCUAGCUCGACGUGAUGUGAUUGAGGAUAGUGAUAGUGAUAGUGAUAGUGAUAGUGAUAGUGAUAAUCUCGACAUGAUGGAGAUGGGAAGAAGAAGAACCAUGGAUGCCAAGACAUGGAGAAAAACAGCACGAGAGUUUGAGUCUGAUUUCGCCCGAGUGGACUUCAGAAUCCAUAGAUUCCCCACGAGCCUACGAGACCUGGGCUCAAGGUACAUUGUCCCCAAGGUGGUGGCCAUCGGCCCUUACCAUCGAGGCUCGGAGCAUCUCAAGGAGAUGGAGAAGGUGAAGCACGUGGCUGCGUACCACUACAUCUUGGAUUGCCAGGCGAAUCUCAAAGACGGCUUCUCGUAUGAGGCAAUGAAAGCGGGGGUCCUUUCUGUAAUAGAUGAUGCCCGCGGCUUCUACGCCGACGUGACGGCAACAGCGGCUAUCGGUGAUGCUGAGUUUGCGGACAUGUUGUUUCUUGACGGUUGCUUCUUGCUGCAGUAUAUGCGCAUGCUUUACAACCGUAGACUUUUGUAUUCGUCGUUGCUGUGCUGUUUCGAUUCAAAUCAAGUUUGCAUCAGCAAUGACAUAAUGCUGCUGGAGAACCAGCUGCCAUGGAUGGUGCUGCAGGCCCUCAUGAAGUUCCUAGAUACCGAGAAGACAGUUAUGAAGGGAGUUGCCAGGAUGGGACGCACACUGCAGCUCCGUUGGGGAGAGAGUAAUAACAGAAGAUGUAAAUUGCGUAGCUACGUGCCGCCACAUCUCCUUGGCCUCCUCCGGUUCUACAAAACAGGAUGCAAGACUAUUGAACCAGGACAGUCCAUAUUUGAUGAAGCUAUCAGGCGGCCAGUUUCAAAAACUGUUAGUGCUGCCGAGCUUGCAGAGAUGGGCAUAACAAUCACAACUAGCAAGACAAGAGAGCUCGGGGACAUGGGUAUCAGGAAAAGACCCCUCUUCAGUCAGAUCUUCGUGGCGCCACUAUUGUUGGACGAAAUGAGGUCAUGCUGGCUCGUCAACAUGGCGGCUUUCGAGGUAUGCAUCGCUACAGACUUUUUGAGCUCCACUGAAAUGCCGGUCGUCUGCUCUUACCUUGCUGUCCUCGCAAUGCUCAUGGAUCGAGAGGAGGACGUGCACAGGCUGCGAUCAAAGCAUGUCGUGCAAGGAGAACUCACCAACAAGCAAACGCUUGACUUCUUCAAGAGCCUCAUCAAGCACAUUAGUGGCGGCCCACUCUACAUUGAACUCUGGGAAGAUAUAGAGGAAUACAGGGCCAAGAGGUGGAUGUGGAUCAAGGUGCACAAGUUUGUUUACAGAAACUACAAAACCAUCGCUGCACUGCUCUCCUGUUAGAAUUAAUGGGCUAGGCCCAUAGUAAUUUCUGAAAU